GUCAAUCAGCUCCAGAUUCACAUACAACAUGCAGGUUACACUCAUCGCUUUGCUCUGCUGCAUGGUCGGCUUCGCCUUGGCCAUGCCCCAACCCAAUCCCGAGGAGAAGCCGAAGGGAGAUGUGUGGACUGAGCGGCAGCAAUUCAAUCCGCCAAACGAGCAGCGUUUUCUUUUGGAUGGCGGCUACAACAAGGACAAGAGCGGCAAGGAUGUGUGGGCUCAGGCACAGGUGCCCGUUUGGACCAGCGAGAACAAACGUCACGAGUUCGAUGUGGUCGGCAAAUAUGGACAGCAUCUGGGUGGACCUUGGGGCAACAGCGAGCCUUCAUGGGGCGCAGGUGGCACCUACAGAUUUAGAUUUUAAAUAAAGUUUUUGUUUAUCAAGUAUUUGUAUAAAUUCGGCAAAAUAAGAAUAAAAAUGUACUGAGGUUUAAUAC